CCACAAUCUUUCCUGUCCCAAGGCUCCUCGUGAUGCCGCCCAAACGGAAGGCCGCCUUCGCCCCACCACCAAACCCCACUCCGCAACCCGCCCGCCCCUCCAAGCUCGCGCGCGAGCAUGGUAUUACCGCAGCGCAGGAAGCCGAGAUCCGUGAAGCCUUCUCAAUCUUCGCAAUACACCAUCCAGACUAUAAGGAUGCAAAGGAGGGCGUGUUGCGCGCCGAGGACGUGCGGCGUUGUCUGAUCGCUCUCUCCCUCCCACCCGCCAAACAAGACGUCAAAGAAAUCCUCGAAACCCUCGACCCCCUCACCACCGGCCUGGUCCCCUUCAUCCCCUUCCUCUCCUACGCCGCCAUCUGCAUCCAUGACCGCGAGUCUGUCUCCGGCUCGCCCUCCGCGUCUCCAGAGCCCAUCUCCCGGAAAGGAAAGGGAAAACAAAAAGCCGGCACCGCUCCUUCUACGACUUCCCAGCGCGAGAUCAACGAAGCCUACGCGCUCUUCACGCACAAUACCUCCGGCCCCAUCACCUUGGCGCAUCUACGGCGGGUGGCGAGAGAUUUGAGAGAGGAGGUAGACGAUGAGGUGCUGCGGGAUAUGAUCAGAGAGGCGAAUGGGAAUGUAGCGGCGGAGGGUCUGGGUGGGGUGGGCCUGGAGGAGUUUGAGGGGGUGAUGAAGAGGGCGGGGGUCUUUGGGUGAGCCAUAAGCUGAUUUGGGGGCUGGAGUUCUUUACAUUGGGGGUAUUUGAAUCGGGAUGGGUCGGGGGUACUGCGAAGGAUUUAGCAUGGUGUCAGGCGUCUGAUAUAAGGGUUAUGAUUUAUGGACAGUGAGGAAUGAAUUGAUUGAAGCUACGGAAAAAGAUUCAGACCGAUUUGAGAGAUGCAUGACAUCGUGGUGUCGUUACCUUUCCAUAGGCCAGGCACCACGGGGCGAUAACCGUGGUGUCAGGCGUCUGAUACGAGGGUCCCAUUUCAUGGAGAUUGGAAAACGAGCUAAUCUUAGCUAUAUCAAAUGCUCCUGGCC